AUGGUAUGUUGUAAGGCCUUAAAAACUCUUGGAUUUAUCAACAGGCUGGCUAGGGAUUUUAAAUUAUACUCGUCAUUUAAACUACUAUAUUUUACUUUAGUACGCCCUAUAUUAGAAUACGGCGUGGUUGUUUGGAGUCCUUAUACUGCUAUGACUCUCUCCAACUUGAAAGAGUUCAGCGCCGCUGUUGCUGAUAAAUUAGGUCUCGUCUCUCUAGCUGAACGCAGGCGAAUGCUUUGCGUAAAGUUUCUAAAGGGACUGUUGUCUGAUCAAGUUGAUUCAACUGAUUUAUUAUCCUUACUGAAUUUCAAGGUCCCUCCCCGUCAAAACCGUUCUAGUGUUCCUUUCCAUGUCCCUAUAUGUCCGAGCAAUUAUAUGAAAAAUGAGCCUAUUAGGCGUUUAAUGUUAAUGGCCAAUGAGGAUCCCUCUAUAGAUCUUUAA